GCACCUAUGGUGGUGUUCUUUUAGUUCUUGGUAUUUUUUAAGAACAUAUUAUUCAGUUUAUAUUAUAGUGGAUGCUUUACUCUUGGUAUAUUCUGGUAUCUGUGUUCUUAUGGGCAUCUUUGGUGGUGUUCUUUUAGUUCUUA